ACAAAAAAUACACUACCGAUACGAAGUUGAGCUGUAGCCCGUGCUACAGCUCGUUGAAUGCUAGUUCCGCCCCUGGUUGUACAGUAAUGUGAAAAUGGUUAAUGACCUCUGUUAUAACUUAAAAUGUUGACAUGAUUAAUUAAUGUGAUUAGGAAAUGGUAUGUAAACAUUAUAAGCUGGGAAUGGUAAACUUCUGCGUGAUGUUUGAAACUUGUUUCGAAUAAAAAUGGUAACAAAGGAAUCACAAAACCGCUACAUGAAAUUGGAUUUAUAAAAUCAUCGAUGUUCAUAACUUAAAAAGUAAAGCUGGGUUCUCUUAUUUUCCUUGAAUGUACAACCGCACAAGCCCAAUGUACAACCUGGUUAUGCAUGUUUAGAGAUCGUUGCAUGAGAAUGAUUGAAUAUGUAAGUGAUAAAAAUAACAGUGACUAUACUAUUAGUUGUUUUAGUAACAUAGAUGAUGAAAAUUUUGUAAGAUGCAUGCCAUGAGAUCUGGGUGUAUAUAUUUGAAAUUCUUGGUGAUGGGUUUUCAUGAAGGUGUAUAAGGCUACACGGUAUGGGGACGUCCUCACACCGUCGCGGUCCGGCGCCGCACCAAACACCGUGCCGCCCCCGGUACGUCGCGUCUUCCCCGUCCGAAUAUCGCCGUUGGCGACAUUCCAAAGUUGUGGGCCCAUUCCGAAUUUGAACGUUGAAAACAAACAAAAUUAAAUACUUUUUCAACGGCUAUUUUUUUAAUUCCCUCCCAUUUCACUUCCAUUUUUAUAAAUACUCACGCUUUUACUCAUUUUUUCACAACUUUUCACCAACUACAAUCUCACAUCUCUCUCACAUUUUAUAACCCUUUUCCCUUUUUUAUAAAAACUCAUCUAUUUUUUUACCCGCUACCACCCCAUCUCUCGCUAAAAAAUUAUCAUGGCUUCACCCAUUUCUUCCAUUUCUUCAAUUUCUUCUAUGUCUUCAUCGUCUUCGUCUGCGUGGUAUUCAUCAUCGUCCGUAGAGGAUGCUAUUAUGCACAACAUGAUUAUGAACGCGGCUCAGGUGUUCAUGGCGUCUGAUGAAGGGUCGUCCCAACGGCUAACUAGACGAGCAAAAUAUAACCGAGACCAAGAAGCCGGCCACGAUAAACUAGUAGCCGAUUAUUUUGCCGACGAACCCGUGUACCCAGCCGAGAUUUUUCGACGUCGUUUCCGCAUGAGUCGUCCACUGUUUUUACGUAUUGCAGGCGACAUGGCCCAAUCUGAUCCGUUUUUUACAUUGCGAAACGACGCUAGGGGGCAAAGGGGUUUCAGUAAUUUACAAAAAUGUACGUCGGCCAAUCGCCAACUUGCGUACGGUUACGCACCCGAUGCAUUAGACGAGUAUAUUAGGAUGUCUGAAAGAACCUCACGUCAAUGUUUGCACAAGUUUUGCCAAUGGGUUGUCAAAUUGUAUAGCAAGUGAUACCUGCGGAAACCGAACGCAAACGACGUUCAAAAAUUAUAUCAAGCACACGAACAGAGACAUGGUUUCCCAGGAAUGCUCGGGAGCAUUGAUUGCAUGCACUGGCAGUGGCAGAACUGCCCGGUUGCAUGGCAAGGCCAGUAUACUAGGGGAGAUCAGUGACAUCCGACUAUCAUUCUAGAGGUUGUGGCGUCACAGGAUCUCUGGAUAUGGCAUGCUUUUUUUGGUCUACCUGGUUCGCUCAAUGACCUUAACAUCAUAUACCAGUCACAGAUAUUUGAGGAUGUAGUGGCGGGUACAGGUCCAGACACAAGCUUUACGGUUUCAGGGGUGGAGUACAGGCGAGGUUACUACCUAGCCGAUGGGAUUUACCCAACGUAUUCGACAAUCGUUAAAACUAUCCCGCACCCGACCGACGACAAAAGAAAAAAGUUUGCGAUGUUUCAAGAGGGUGCAAGAAAAGAUAUUGAACGGGCUUUUGGUGUUCUACAAAAAAAAAAUGGCACAUCAUUUCACAUCCAGCACGUUCGCAAACACAAAGGAGGUUACGACACAUUAUAUACGCUUGUAUCAUCCUUCAUAACAUGAUCAUUGAAGACGAAGGGAGAGCGAUAUGCGAGUACGACGAAAACGCGUCUACUGGAAAUUCUGUUCCAGUUAGUGAGGAGCAACAAGAUUUGAACGCCUUCGCUCUACGUAACGAGUACACACAUCACAACCUACAAGCGGACUUGGUGGAGUACAUUUGGAACAACGCUCCAAACGAACUCGGCCACGACAUGGAAGACGAAGACUAGUAGCUUAUUUUAAUAUAUUAGGAUAUUUUUAAGUUUUUUCUUUAACUUUGUUUUUUUUAAGUUUAUGUUUUUUUUUAAUUUAUUUUUUUUAAGUUUAAUUUUUUUUAAGCUUAUGUAAUGUUUUUAAUAUUAAUGAAAAUAUUUUGUUAC